UCCCGAGUCCUGCACAGACCUGCCCUGGCAUGGCUGGGGUCAGACACACAGACAGGGAUUGCUAUUGUAGGAUCUUUGGUGCCCCCCACGCCACACCCGCUGGAAUCUGCCGAGGGUCCGUCCCCAUCAGAGAUGCUGAUACUGAGCUGCUCCUCCAAGCUGAGGCUCCUGGAGGGGACACUACGGAGGCACUUGCCUGAGACGCUGCUGGUCCUCAGCGCCGUAAUUACCAAAAACCAUGGGAACCCAGCUGGGUACAAGGUGCUGGUGGAUUCAUGGCCCGAGUUCAAAGCUGUCCUUACCCGGCCACACAGAGAGCAGGUAGCAUCGGACGUCUCCGAUUUCUACACCAACAUAUACACGGCGUUCUACCGGGACCGGGGGGUCUACUGCGCCCUGCUGGGCAAUGCCAUCAACUGGAGCCAGGCCUUCUGGAUCCACUGGCUCCAGGAUGGGGUGUACGACGCCUCCAGGGACAUCUCCGAGGCUAAAGGGUUCCAGCUGGAAGCGUCCCACUACUUCACUUACCUCCACCCAGAUCCCAGCUCCAUGCCUGAAAUCCGCUCAGUGUCUGCUUGCGCCACAGGGCCCCUGGCCAGUUUGGCACUGAGAUGCCCAAGGUCUGGCUGGCUAUUCCCCAUGCAGGGCCUGGGGCACUGGGGUCUUGUUGCCACCAGCAGAAUCCCAGUGGGAUUGGUAGGGAACUCAACCUCACUCAAGGAACCUGCAGGGACUGGGGAGCGUAGCCAUGGGGUGGAUUCAGCCAUGGGGAGAGAGAUUCCUCUUCAGCUCCUGCACAGGGCCAUCAGCCAUCAGCCUUGGCAGGGCUUGGACACUGAGCAGCUGUGCUCCCCCCCAUCCCUACACCACAUCUCUCCUCGCCCAGGAACCUUCCCUGCCCACAGUCUGUUCAGACCUUGGCUCCUCACAUAGGCGCCGACUUCUGCUUCCGCCAGUGGGUGCUCCAUCCUCCUCUGCCCCCGGCCUUGCCCCGACUCCACACCUUCCAUGACUCCCCACCCCU